CGGGCGGGAGGAGGUGACGUCAGGAGCGGUGGCUAGCGGGGGCCUCCUGUAGCUCAAGGGACGUUGUAUCUGUGGGCCCUAGGACCGCGUCACAACUCGGCGACUGAGCCUUGGCGGUGGUGGCCGAGGCGGAGAAGGCGGCAGCGGCGGCGACAGCUCUGGGGUUUGCGUCUCGGGGUGUGUCGGCCGCCGCUGCUGCUUGGGCCUGGUAUGUACAAAUGGCUGGUUAGGAUUCUCGGCACCAUUUUCCGUUUUUGUGACCGGCCGGUGCCCUCUUCCCGGGCUCUCCUGAAGAGGCGGCGCUCGAACAGCAGUCUCUUUUCUACAGUGGACACUGAUGAAGUACCAGCCAAAAGACCAAGAUUAGGUAUUAAAUAUUAAUUAAAAAAAUAGCUUUUUCAAUAGGAAAAAUAUAUGUAUGGACAAAAUUCAAAAGAUAAAAAGUAUAUACAGUGAAAAAUUGCUUUAUUCACCAAGUGAAAACCAGUCUCUACAAUGCUGCCAGCUUAUUUGGAUUCCCAUUCCAGCUGACCACAAAACCCAUGGUAACCUCUGCUUGUAAUGGCACACGGAAUGUGGCCCCUUCAGGAGAGGUAUUUUCGAACUCUUCAUCUUGUGAACUGACAGCUUCUGGAUCCUGGAACAACAUGCUGAAACUGGGUAAUAAAUCUCCUAAUGGAAUAAGUGACUAUCCAAAGAUCAGAGUGACAGUAACUCGAGAUCAGCCACGUAGAGUCCUGCCUUCUUUUGGUUUUACUUUGAGCUCAGAAGGCUAUAACAGAAGACCAGGUGGCCGUCGCCAUAGCAAAGGACAUCCAGAGAGUUCCUUAACUUGGAAACCUCAGGAACAGGUUGUAACAGAGAUGAUUUCUGAAGAGGGUGGCAAGGGUCUGAGGCGUCCCCAUUGUACUGUGGAGGAGGGUGUUCAAAAAGAGGAAAGAGAGAAAUACCGAAGGUUAUUGGAACGCCUUAAAGAAGGUGGUCAUGGAAACUCCGUUCCUCCUGUAACUUCAACUCAUCAUGGUUCUCAAAGAAGUCAGAUGGACACAUUAAAGACCAAAAGCUGGGGGGAAGAGCAAAGUCAUGGAGUCAGAACAACUCAAUUUGUUCCAAAACAAUAUAGAGUCGUUGAAACAAGAGGACCUCUGUGUUCAGUGAGAAGCGAAAAGAGUUUUUUCCUCAGGUGUUCAAAGGGGAAAAUUUCUGAUACAGAGAAGACAGUUGGAAUCAGACUAGACAAUGAAAGUAGGAGGGGACACCAGCUGGAACCUGACCUGUCUGAAGAAGUAUCAGCCCGACUCCGCCUAGGCAGUGGAAGCAAUGGCUUACUCAGGAGGAAAAUGUCAAUACUUGAGACAAAAGAAAAAAAUUGCUCAGGCAAAGAGAGGGAUAAGAGGACGGAAGAUCUUCUUGAACUUACAGAGGACAUGGAAAAAGAAAUCAGUAAUGCUCUAGGUCACGGCCCACAGGAUGAGAUUCUAAGUAGUGCUUUCAAAUUGCGAAUCACUCGAGGAGAUAUCCAGACCUUGAAGAACUAUCACUGGCUCAAUGAUGAAGUCAUUAAUUUUUACAUGAAUCUUCUGAUGGAAAGAAAUAAAAAACAAGGGUAUCCAGCACUUUAUGCAUUCAGUACUUUCUUCUAUCCAAAAUUAAAGUCUGGGGGUUACCAAGCAGUGAAAAGAUGGACCAAAGGGGUCAAUCUCUUUGAACAGGAACUUAUUCUGGUGCCUAUUCAUCGAAAGGUACAUUGGAGCCUGGUGGUGAUAGACCUGAGAAAAAAGUGUCUUAAAUAUUUGGAUUCUAUGGGACAAAAGGGCCACAGGAUCUGUGAGAUUCUCCUUCAGUAUUUACAGGAUGAAAGUAAGACCAAAAGAAAUAUUGAUCUGAAUCUUUUAGAGUGGACCCACUAUAGCCUGAAGCCACAUGAGAUUCCUCAACAGUUGAAUGGGAGUGAUUGUGGAAUGUUUACUUGUAAAUAUGCAGAUUAUGUCUCUAGGGACAGACCUAUCACAUUUACUCAGCACCAGAUGCCUCUCUUCCGGAAGAAGAUGGUGUGGGAAAUCCUUCAUCAGCAGUUGCUGUGAAAAUGCCCUGCCCAGUCCCUCCAGCUACUGGUGGUUCUUUCACGGAUGGACAUUUCCAUAUACCUCAUGUAUUGUGGGUUAAAAAGUCCCUGCAUCACCUCCAUUCUCUCACAGGUACUGAGCUGUCAGAAGUGCAUGAAGGCCUCUCUCUGCACCGUAGUCCUGACUUGGUGUGCGGAGGGCUGCUUGCAACCCAGUUUAAAGGCUGUGCCUGCUCAGAGCCCUGGACUCUUCAACCCACACAAGAACAAACGCUAAUUAGUACUUUUUUUUUUUAAAGUUUUUUUUUUUCCCUAUGAAUGUGGGAAAUGCAGGAUUUAUUCUAUGAUUUGUUUUCUCUGUGUGUUUGUUCACGUGUAUUCAUUUGCUCACUCAUUUGCAAACAUAAUGGGCAGUGGCUGUUUUCUGCUGCUCUUUUAAAGUUAACUCUUAAUUACUUUUUUGAACUAUUUAUUUCUGAAAGGAAUGUUAAUCAAGUUGCCACUCCCUGCUGAAGAUCGGGAGGGAUAUUGCGGGGGGAGGAAGAAAGUGUUAAUUAACUUCUCUUAUGAUCGAUCGCCAGAGCAUUAACUGCCAACUUGAAGCUGGAGGUCUUCCUUUGAGGCUUGAAAAUACUGGGAGAAGCUCUGUGGUGCAGGGCUCUGGUUGCCUUUCAGAGGAAGUCCCACGCUACAGCAUUGGCACAGUGUCAUGGAAAAGUGGGACUGUGGCCAAGGAACUCUGGCUAUCCAAGUGUCUUCAGAAGAGUGUUGUGGUCAUCUUAAAGAGACUUCCCUUUCUGGAAAUGAGGUGACUUGGCUACUCUUGAAACUGGAUUUGAAGUAACUGUAAACCCUAAAUCUUCAUUUUCAUCCCAGAUCUGGUUGAGUAUAAACCUCAGAUAUGUAAGGGCUGGCCGGAGCUGUUUAUUUCAAAAGAUACUGUUCAAUUUAAAGCUAUUUUUCGUCAGAGGUUUUUUGUUUUUUUUUUCUAUAUAUAAAGCUGAAAUUAAGUUUUGUACUCAUUAGGAUUUACAUCUCCUCUCCCCAUUCCACCCCCACUGAAAUCUGUGCAAGAAAAUUUAGUACUUGGCUCUGAGGUUGCCAGUUAUCAGUAAUCUAUUUUGCAUAUGAAAGUUUGUAUUUAACUGUUUUCUUCAUUAAAAACCUUACAGUGGUUACGCAUAUUUAAUUUCAGAAAAUUUAGAGUUGGUCAGAACAUAUUUUGCAAGAUCUAGAGCCUAGCGUUGCUUUUUCGAUGUAAUAAAAGGUUGUCUGGCAGAACCUGAAAA